UUGUCUGCCACCGACUCCUCAUUCCUAGAGAUUCACUGGCCUCUGGGCUCCACGCGGGUCCCACGUACCCACGGCACAAAACCUGGAUUUAAGCUGCAAACGUGCUUCUUGGGGCAACUGACAUUCACAACUUUUCUGGAGUUUUUGGAUUCGUCCUCAUGGUCUUUCUUCCACCUUCUCCUGGGAUUAAAGUGAACUCCAGUCUAAUGCGAUGGAAAAUGCAGUUCCCCUAUAUCUGAAGAUUUGGAUAUGGGUGUAACUGGUUUCUUUAUCUUGCUAUUAAUGUUGUUCGUUAAAGUGAGGCUCAGUAUGUCCGCCCCUAACCAGAGAAUUUGUGACAACCGAGUAUUGGCCAAGUACAUCCGAGAAGCCAACGAGGAGGAAAAAACAUUGGAAUCCUGUAAUGUACAAUGCGAGUUUCCAGAGGACAUCACUGUUCCUGAAACAAAACUCAACCAAGCAGAAUGGAGUAAAUUACAUACACCAAAGAAGGCGUCGGAGGUCUGGAAUGGACUCACGCUAUUAACAGAGGCGGUUCCAAAAAUACUCGGCGGCAUCUUGGACUCCAAGUUAAAACAAACAGUAGAGAGAUCUGCCGUUAACAUGCGCAACCUUAUAACCAUAUUGAAGAAUCACGACCUACAGACUGAAACGCAGGUCCCGGAAUCAGACGUAAAGACUGUCACCAUUAGAAAUUUAAAAAGAUUCUUCUCUGUUUACAUUAACUUUUUACGUGGGAAAUAUAAGCUUCUUCUAAACGAGGUCUGCAAGCAAUAUAUGUGACCCAGCGGGGGUGCCACCCUUCCCUUCACCACUCCAGCAGGACGCCAUGAUGUCAAGAGACUUUCACGGGAUGAGAACUUUUUAUAUAACGACAAACUAUUUUGUAGAACUCUAUUUCGACGGAGAAAACAAGGUCAAAGAAAAUUUAUAUUUAAUAUUAAGUUAAGAUGUGUAAAUAUAUCUAUAUAUUUAUGUUUAUUUUGGAUGGAGUUUGAAAGAUAUUUUUUAAGAAGCAUACAUUCCUCUAUUUAUUAAAGGGAAAAUAUCACUUUUAUUAUAAA